AUGGAAGUAGUGGCUGGCUUGCUCAGGACCAUGCACAAUAUCCACACGGCUGGCUUUGUCCAUUUGGACAUAAAGCCUGACAACAUUGCGGUCCUGGUCAAUGACAACAACUAUGACUCGGCGGUAACGAUCUUGGACUUCGGAGUCGCAAGCAGGGUUACGAAUGUCAUCUAUGAACCAACCGGUACAGAAGGUUGGAUGGCACCAGAGAUGGAGGAGCUUAAGUGGACUGAGAAGAUCAACCUAAAGUUAGCCAACAUAUGGUCCAUUGGGAAGGUUUUGUUAUCAAUGGCCCAUAGCCCGUGCUCCUUUGAUGAAGAGCAAAGGAAUUUGGUCUUGAUGCUUGGGAGGAACAUGACGUCCCGGGAUCCAGAAAGUCAGCCAGCUCUUGCUGAAUUACUCUGCCAAGUUCCAUGCCAGCCUGAGUAG